GCAUCUAUCACAUGAAGGGGGGGGACGAGCACGGGACGGGGGAGGAGGGAGGAGGGAGGAACGAGGAGACCCGAUCCUGGCCAGGUACCACCUCGGCCCAGGGCCGGCGGGCACGCCGACCCGGCAGGGGUCGGCCCUGCCAGGACCUGCGCCACUCCAAGGGAAGGAGCUCUUCCUUGUCCUUGGCCGCUGCAGCCUCCUCUCUGACCAGCAGCUGCACGGCUCCCUUGCGGGCGUGCAGUCCUCCCGUCCCAUCGCUGGACCAGAGCACCGCGGCUCGCUGGGCCCUGGGCGAAGGCACAAACGGCCGAGGCACGCACAACGAAGGCAAGGAGCUCGUCGCCUUGUGCCAGACAGUCGCCGCAUCCUGGGCGCAGAAGUUGUGACUCGCCGGCCACUGAAGCAGAAUUUGCCUGAGCACUGUCGGGGAAAAACGUCCGAAUAUCGGACUCGGGAAUAUGCUGGCACGCUCUAGCCUUCGCUGGACCGUGUCGCAGAGCUGCGAACUUCUCUGGGCAAGUGCAGCGAAUAAAUCAAAUUGAGUGUAGAGGCGUGAACGGCUUAAAGGGAUGCGCACUAGCACGCUCCUACACUAAUAAGUCCGGGCGUGAACACACGUGCUCCCGUAGGCGCGUUUUUAUUCAGACAGUGAAGCGGCAGCAACUCGUAGCAGCAGGAGGCGCAGCAGCAGGAGUUGGCAGCGCACGCCGCCCGCGCCCCUCAGAGGACGAACCUCGUGGGGCAAGCCGCCUCCACGUCGCCCGGGCCCCAGACCAGGCACUGCACGAGCACGCUCGCGAGGUCGUUCCAGGCCACCGGGUGGUGGCGCUGCAGCUCCAUGCUCCAGCCCUCCACCUUGAUAGCGACUCCACCGCCCGCGCGGCCAGCACGACGCUGGGCACGUGCGGGCCC